AUGUCUUUCAAGAAGAUCGGAUGUACGAAGAAAGCUUCCGACGAAGCUUCUCUCAGUUCACCGAGCACGUCAGAUAGAGUUGAAUCGAAGCUCAAUGUCUUGUUUGUUUGCAACGAGUGGAACUCUAGCAGGGGAGGUUUAUCUACGUUUAACCGAGAAUUUGCUAUUAAUCUUGCUCAAACAUCGAGGGACGACUUUGCGAUUCACUGCUAUGUUUGUCAGAGCAGUGAAUCAGACAGAGAUGAUGCUAGAAAACAUGGUGUGUAUUUAAUAACAGCAAAGAGUAUACCGGGGACUAGUGACCGUCUGGAAUGGCUGAGACUUCCUCCUUCGGAGCUUCCACAUCCUGAUGUUGUGAUCGGCCAUGGACGAAAGUUUGGCACUCCUGCUUAUUGCAUUGUACAAAAUGCCAAGUGCAAAUGGGUGCAGUUUGUGCAUGUAUUUUGCGAAGACCUUGGAAAGUACAAGCAAGAAACAGAUGCAGUGGAAGAGAAUGAGAAAAAGCACAAAGAGGAAAUCAAACUCUGCAAAGAAUCAAACGCCGUUGUCGCUGUUGGCUCACGACUCCAGCAAAAGUACAGCAGAUGUCUCCCAGACACAAAAGUUCACAUCAUCACUCCUGGAAUUUUGACUAAAUUUGUCAGUCUUUUAGAUCAGAAACUUGCCAAUGUUUCGCAUAGUCCUGACGAGUUCAGUGUCUUCGUCUUUGGGAGAGGAUCUUAUGAAGACCUGUCGCUCAAGGGUUAUGAUAUCAUUGCCAAUGCAUUAGGUUCCCUUGGGGAGAAGUUUAAGAUGACAUUUGUUGGUUCACCGGAAGGCCAACAUAACAUUAUAAUGGACUGGUUUCUACAAAAUACGAACAUAACAAGGAGGCAGUUAACAGUACGUGGUUACUGUAAUCAAGAUGAGGUGAAAGAAAUGUUCUAUGGAGCAGACUUGGUUGCUAUGCCUUCUCGUACCGAAGGCUUUGGUCUGAUCGCCUUAGAAGCCAUUUCUGCUGGUGUUCCUGUUCUUCUUACCAGUGAAUCUGGAAUAGCUGAAGCUUUAAAGAAAGUUGACGGUGGGAAAUCUGUGACCAUUGGCUCAGAAGAUCCCAAAGUGUGGUCCCAAAAAAUUAGAACUCUGUCCAAGAACAAGCCGGAAGAAAGACUCAAAACGUCUAUUAAUCUCAGAGAAAGUUACAACAAGACAUUCCCUUGGGACACCCAGUGUGAGAAAUUCAAAGAGAUCAUUUUGAAGAUGAUGAGUGACAACUGCUGUGCUGAAAGUGUUGAAGGUCAGUGUAUUACUGUUCUUGCCUAUCUCACCUUAUGCACCAGUCAAUUAGAAAGGUGUCAAAUCCCUCUGGCGUGGAGGGGGGCACUCAAGGCUGCCGAGGCCUUUAAACCAGGGGUGGAUCUAGGGGGAGGUGCAGGGGGUGUGACCCUCCCUGAGAUGACCUGCGGCUUUUUAAUUAACACCGUGCAGUCACUUCACAGUUAUACAAAAUCUGCUGUAUCAUUUGAUAUGUAUUCUCAGCAGUUCACAUAUUUAAGCCUUGUCAAAAGCCUUCUUCUUCGUAUUGCUUUUUAAAAUUUGUUUAUGUUACCAAUUAUCAGUUGUGUCAUCACUUAGUGGUGCACCCUUUCCUGAGAAAAAUCCUGGAUCUGCCGCCAGCAAACCCUCACCAUGUUUUAGACAAAAUCUCUCCUUUUUCUACCUUGUUUAAGUCAAGAGACCGGAGUUACUGAUUCAUUCCGCAUACAGAAUUAUGUACAGCAGUUGAAUUUCCAUCAAGCAGCAAGCUGUUAUUAAUGGGCGCCCUUCUAUGAGGCGGCCAGAAGUCAAAGUUCUAAAAUAAUAAGUACAAAAGAAUUUUAUAUAAAAUCUCUAUGAGAGUUUUCGUAUUGUUGUCACCUCCAUUAAUCACCCAGCAUGCCCUUAGUUUGGCUUUGCUUUAAAAAUAUGAUCAUGAAGGAAAGAACAGUCUUAAAUAGUCUUAAUGGUGACUGACAUAUAUUGGACCACUAAAUGCCACUCUAAUUUUUUGCAUGUUUUUUUUUAUUUAAACAAAGUUUAGUUUCUUCUAAAGUACUUAUGCUGGUUAGUCUUUCUUGUGUAAGCAGCGAGACUCCUAAUCUGCAACCUGUUUUCCUUCAUAUUUAUGGUACAAAAGGGGGGUCAAUGUGCCAGGCAUUCCUAGUGGAGACCGUGGAAACUGGGAAUAAGAAUCGUUGCGUGACCAGAGCCACGCAUGUUUUGCAAAGAAAGCUUAGGAAAGAUUAAUUUUAGAGCUUUUCUGAAACGUGUCGGUCCACGAAUUCUAUCACUUGAAAACGUUGAUUGCUUUGGAACAAGUGAACACUACUGAGUGGUCAGAAGAAAAUCAGGUGUUGUAAUUUUUCAUUGUAUGCAACUGGGUGUUGUGAUGAGCAUGCGGUUUAUUUUAGGCGAUGAUUGAAAUGACGUGCCAAGUAAAUCACUUUUUUGAUCUCUGGCAAUGAUAUAAUUUCUCUGGAAUCAAGGCCCUUGAAUUUUUGUGUAUUUAUACACACGUAUAGCUGUAACCGCACACUUAUUUCAGGUCAUCGCUAACACGUGUACAAAAUCAGUUCAGAAACAAGUAAAAAGUAAAUAUCAUGAAUAUUCGACGUUGCUAAAGUAGGAAGUAAAUAAAAAACCUUUAGCAAGUAAAUCCUGUUUUGUGUAGAAUUAAUCACCUCCUCAUUUCACAAUCUAAUCUCCAAGCAAGCAAGACUGAACGGCGCUGGAAGAGCGUUUUUGUUUAUGGUAAACCCCUACAGAAAUGCCAACUUCUAAGUAGCAACUUGCUGGUACCUCAUGGAUGUUUGCUUAUAGAGAUUCAACCAUAAGUAAAACAUUACUAAGUCAUGAAAUAAAAUUUUUUGGAGAAAGAUUGUUGUAGCAGAAAAGUAGACUACUUGUCGCCAAGGUUCACACUCUCUUAAAGACUUCCGGUCUGAAAAGACACAAGACUUAUAGUAUUGAAAUUGUGUAUUGUGAACUCAAGUUCCUGAAAACCUAAUUGUCAUAUUCAGUGGCACAUACCUGUCUAGGCCCCUGGGAAACCUUCCAGGCAUCUGAACUUUUUAGACAGGCCUGAUAUUAAUACUAGGAUGAUUUAGCAACAGAAUGGGAAUGUCAGUUGACAACGGCGUGUGCAAAUCAAACAACUGGCCUGACCAAUGGCAGAGUGGCAAAUUGGGUACCGAAAGUCACGUUUAGUCCUUUCUAGAUCUGCGCGCUUUCCCGUCAUCAACUGACGUUUCCAUUCUGUUGCUAAAUUAGCCUACUUUGUUAUGAAUAAGGCAGUGGAUUUCUUGACCCUCUAUUUCUCACUAUUUCCACUGUUUUUGAAAAAAGUAGCUGACUGUAUAAGGUACCUAUGAUUGAAUUUAUUGUUUGAUAGAAGUUGUUUGUCACUUUACAUCUUAUCUAUAUUUUUAUCCCUGUUCAGUAACAAUGAAUAACCCAGCUGGUAUUUUGGCAGCCAUGGCCUGGACUGACAAAAUCCUCUUGAUGUUGAUUGGCAAUUGAACUACAAAAAUUAGACUCUUUUUUUCCCCAAAAAUACUGCAUAGCUUUUGAAUCCUUGUCAAACAAGUCAUUUACUUGUAAAAGCUGUAUCUUCACUUGUAAACUCCUCCAUCUCACUAUGAGAAAGACACAUCUAUUGAACCACGUUGUCAGGCACUGGAUCGUGGAGAGAAUUUAAACUUGACACCUCCAGUUCGAAUUCCCCACCCAGGAGAGGGGGUAGUGAAGUUUUGAAAUGAUCAGCCAGUAGGGGAGAGAAGAGUUUGUUUUUCCCUUAAUUUUUCAGAUUAAGUUCUCAGGCCUAAUAACAUUUAGCUUAUGGCCUGCCGGUGAAGAACAGAUCGAUGAAACAGUUGGAGAACAAAGAGUGUUCAUUUGAUUUUUCUAUCUUGACAUGAUUUAACUCACAUUUCAGCACAAAGCCAGUCAAAGUUGUAGCUUGCAAUCAUGCAAAUUUUUUUAUCAUAUUAGUUUCAAAUAAUUAGCACCCCCUUCCAAUAAAUGCCCCCUUUUAGGCUGAAAAUAUCAAAUAAGCCAGAGGCACCCAAUGACUGUUUUCUGUAAAAUAUCUGUUUGGAGAAGUAAAAAUUGCCUAGAAUUUUCUAUAUCUUGAGGAAGGCUAAAAAUUUCUCUGGGUAGCCUAAAAAGUGAAUUCAAUGCAUUUAGGAGGAAACCGUUGUUGGGUGCCCCUGAUAAGCACCCCUUUUAAACAGCACUUACUGAAUAUAUGGUGUACAGUAUGUUUAUCUUCAAUGAAUAUAACAUAACAUGUCCAAUACCAGAGAAUGACCCAUUUGACGACAUCACAUGGUUGGUCAUGAAGGAUGCAGCUCCUUCGCAGAACUUAGUUGUGACAAAAUCUUUAAAGCCGCACAGUACAGUCAAAUUUGGUUAUAUAGUGAACAAACGUUCUACUUUUUUUAAUGUUACAGUUUCCCCAAUUGUUCUUUCAUUUGAAACCUGAGACAAAUGUAAUCUUGAGUCCCAUAUUCUGAAGAAUGAAUAAGCACCCCCUUCUGGAACCACAGUCUCAGUCUCAGUUGUUGGGACGCUUUGCUGUCUUCGCUUCUUGCCCUCUCGUUAUUGGUGUGCAAGAUUGGGUGAGUUUACUGCGAUAAACAACAUUGAGAGGAUGAGGAGACGGGCCAGAAGCAAAAAGACAGCAUUGGGUGGAAGUGUCCCAACUAUUUUUGUCUGAGAUUGUAGCUUCCCCCUUUCUACUCAGAAAAAUUAAGUUAUUUUGGGCAGUUAUUCAAAUAUUUCCCUCUAGUAUUGCUAUAUACUACAUUCAUUUUUCGUGGUAUAAGCAUAUUUUUCUAUUGUUUAUCCUUGUUUCACUCCUUUCACUGACCUUUUUUUCUUUAAUCCUUUUCCUUCUCUUUUUUCUUCCCUUUUUUGCAUCUGGAGAUUUUUAUUUGCAUUAAUGAUUAUUUUCUAUGUUUAUGUUUUUUAUGGUGUAAGUUAAGUGAUUGUCUUAACAACACCAGUAUUUAUUUCUUAAUCUAAUCAUAUGUUUUUUAAAGGUAGUAGGCCUUUUUCUUAUUGGGUUCCAUAGGCUUCAAAUUUAUUUUAAUCUGAGACUAAUCUCAAGGCCAUCUGUGAAAACCAAAUGAAUGAUAAAAUGAACUUCAUUAUCUUCAAAGAUAAUUUGUAUCCAAUGUAUUUCUCUCUAGCAGUCAUAUUAAUUUUCAAAAUUGCCAUCCUAGGGCAAAGUGUCGUGGCCACAUUUAUUAACAAGACUGUUCCAGCUGAUUUAGAAGACUGUGCUUCUAAAGCUGAAUAUAAAGAUAAGGAUGGUCAGGAGAUUCACGCUGCUGCGAUAAAUGGAAACAUUGAGAUUAUAGAGUUACUGCUGUUUCAAGGAUUUGAAGUUGAUUCAAGGGACGGGGAAGGUACCACUCCACUGAUGUAUGCAGCUCUUAAUGGCCAUGAAGGGGCUUUUCAGAUGUUGAUAGAAAACGGUGCUGAUCCAUCUUUGAAAGACAACAAAGUGUUCAGUCUGCUCCACUCUGCUGCACAAGGUGGAAAUACAUCCAUUAUAAACAAGUUGUUAUCACUUGGUCUUGACAUUGAUUCAAGGAAUAAUGAUGGUGUCACUCCACUAAUGACUGCAGCUGAUUAUGGCAAACAGAGUGCUUUUGAGAUGCUGAUACAAAACGGUGCUGAUCCAUCUUUGAAACACAAAAGUGGUUCCAGUUUCCUCCACUUUGCUGCACGAGGUGGAAAUCUAUCCAUUAUCGACAAGCUAUUAUCACUUGGUCUUGACAUUGAUUCAAGGCGCAAUGAUGGUGUCACUCCACUGAUGACUGCAGCUGCUUCUGACAAACAAAGUGCGUUUGAGAUGCUGAUACAAAACGGGGCUGAUCCAUCUUUGAAAAACAAUGAUGGGUCCAGUUUGCUCCACUGUGCCGCAGAAAGUGGAAAUAGAUCCAUUCUCAACAAGCUAUUAUCACUUGGUCUUGACGUUGAUUCAAGGGAUAAUGAUGGCAUCACUCCACUGAUGUGUGCAGCUGAUUCUGGCAAACAAAGUGCUUUUGAGAUGCUGAUACAAAACGGUGCUGAUCCAUCUUUGAAAGACAACAAAGGGUUCAGUCUGCUCCACUCUGCUACACAGGGUGGAAACCCAUCCAUUAUCGACAAGCUGUCAGUAUCACUUGGUCUUGACAUUGAUUCAAGGAAUAAUGCUGGUGUCACUCCGCUGAUGUGUGCAGCUGCUUCUGGCAAACAAAGUGCUUUUGAGAUGAUGAUACAAAACGGUGCUGAUCCAUCUUUGAAAGACAACAAUGGGUUCAGUGUGCUUCACUUUGCUGCUCAACGUGGAAAUUCAUCCAUUAUUAAAAAGCUGUUAUCACUUGGUCUUGACGUUGAUUCAAGGGAUAAUGAUGGCGUCACUCCACUGAUGACUGCAGCUUAUUGUGACAAACAAAGUGCUUUUCAGAUGCUCUUACAAUACGGUGCUGAUCCAUCUUUGAAAUACAACACAGGGUUCAGUCUACUCCACUCUGCUGCACAAGGUGGAAAUAUAUCCAUUGUCAAAAAGCUGUUAUCACUUGGUCUUGACAUUGAUUCAAGGGAUAAUGAUCAUGGCGUCACUCCACUGAUGACUGCAGCUUAUUGUGGCAAACAGAAUGCUUUUGCGAUGCUGAUACAAAAUGGUGCUGAUUCAUUUUUGAAAGACAACGAAGGGUCCAGUCUGCUCCACAAGGCCGCAACAGGUGGAAAUACAUCCAUUAUCAACAAGCUGUUAUCACUUGGUCUUGACAUCCAUUUAAAAGACGUCUACGGUGUAAAUCCUCUGAGUAGAGCAAUAGAGAAAAAUAAUGCUGAUGCAGUAAAAUGCUUGAUAUCUAAUGGAGCACUAUGA